AUGGCUACUGUCUAUGAAUACAAUCAUGCCCCUGGCAGACGGCACUCAGUCUACACUCACAGCGAGAAAACUCCUUCCCCAACAGUGACUCCUCGAGGAACCCACGUCCGCAGUCAGAGCAUCCGAGUCAGCAACGGCAGCAGUGGAACAGCCAGCACCAACACCAGCAUGUCGUCAGGAAGAAUGUCGCAAGCUACCAACAUCACCCAGCCGCCUGCCUAUUCGAAGAAAUUUGUUGUGGUGGGCGAUGGAGGAUGCGGCAAGACUUGUUUGUUGAUCAGUUAUUCCCAGGGAUAUUUUCCAGAGAGAUACGUGCCUACGGUUUUUGAAAACUAUAUCACGCAAACCACACAUGGCCACACAGGAAAGACAGUCGAGCUCGCGCUCUGGGACACCGCAGGCCAAGAAGAAUACGAUCGCUUGCGUCCUCUCUCAUAUCCAGAGACCGACCUCUUGUUUGUCUGCUUUGCAAUCGACUGUCCCAACUCACUAGAGAACGUCAUGGACAAGGUGAGUCACCGUCUACGCAAACAAAAGCAGACAGCUAACAACGUCAAGUGGUACCCAGAAGUCCUCCACUUCUGCCCAACAACACCCCUCAUCCUCGUCGGCCUCAAAUCCGACCUCCGCAACAAACGCACAUGCAUCGAGCUCCUCAAGACCCAGGGCCUCACACCAGUCACCCCCGAACAGGGCCAAGCCGUCGCGCAGCGCAUGGGAGCCGCUUACAUUGAGUGCAGCAGCAAAGAAAUGACCGGCGUCGACGAGGUGUUUGAGCUUGCCGUCAACACGGUCGUCGGAGUCGAAGAACAGGGAUACUACGGACCGGGGCCCAGCGGUAAAGGGGGAGCGACAGGUCGCAAAGUCAAGAAGCGUUCUUGCAAGAUUCUGUAA